GUAAGAUUCGACUUCGGCGUUUCUAAGCGCAAAAAGGAACGUUUGGGAUACAGAGCGUGGCAGAAUUAGCUUCUAUGCAAAGGACUCUUUGAUUUAUUCUCAGCCUUUGGCGCUGAGCCACUAGUUUACACGCUAGUUUAUAUAUGGUUACUAUAUUAUUUACCCCUGCUCAUGAGCUUAGCUGUAUGGUAUAACCAUUGUCAUGACGCGAUGUAUGAUACAGGGUCCCUAUUUAUCUCUAGAAAGUUCGCUAUAAACUCAACAAACUCCGCCGAAGAUCUGGCGUUUCUCUUCUCUACAAAUGUAAUUCAAGUGGGAAGAGUACCAGCAAAAUUCAAGGGCUUAUUAUACUGACGUCUCCUUAUACCACUCUAUAACUAACCUAGGUACUCUGUAUUCAUGGCAAGUGCGUACACUCGUGAUGACUCCCCAUCCCAACAAGUUGACCACCAUUACCAGACGGAAUACGCCCCUACACCUAGUUAUUCCUAUAGUAUCCUUUCUCCUUUAGUUUAUAGCACUAUCGCGCAUGACCAGCCCCUGGAGGAAGAAAGUUUGAACUCGCAGCCGGUAUCUUCUUACCCAGAGAAGCUCCCGUUGCUUCGACUGGACCAAUGGGAUGAGACAAGGGUAUAUGAUGAGCAACCUCCGAGCUAUAUCCACUAUUCUAUUGAGUGGAAAGUAGCCCUGAAUAAUAGGGUUGUGAUAAAGGACACAGAGCAGGAUUUGGUCCUGUCUCCUAGAUACCACUGGCAGCUUUUUCUGAAACCAAGACUGGAAAAGCUUCUGCACAAGAAGUUCUCGAGUACCCGGCGAGUUAGGUCGGAUGAUACCAACGUCGUUGUAUCAAUAAAUGAUUGUAGCCAACGAGAUCUGACUAGACGGUUUGAUGGAACUGAUGUUGAUUGGCCGGCUAUAGAGAAACAGCUCCUCUUAUGGGGGGAUCUAUUCCGAGCAGGGAAGAAACUCAGGCUUAGUAUUUCUUUUAACUAUAUAGAGGACAGUCGCACCUCUGGUCCUGUCCCGAGAAGAGGUGGUAAAAGAGGCCGUACAUCAGUGACUAAUAGGAUGCUUGCUGAAAGAGAAGCACAAAUUGAUGCAGAGGAAGGCAGCUGCGGGCAGCGAUCCGUUUGGCGGGAAGUAUAUAACUUGAUGUGCUGCCCCGGUCCACCAUGCCGCUUAGGGCCACACUGCUGGCAGGACCCAGAAGGGAAACACUAUAAACUCAAGACACACCAUCUUCGGAAUCUUGUUAAGUACGCUGGCGUAAUGCAGUCACAUGAGGACAUGCCCGACAUGAUCCGGAAAGAGUUAUAUUCAGAGCAUCAACCUGCAAAGCGGCGGAGAGAAGACGGUUCACUAACAAACGGGACACCUAUCAACAUCAACGUCUUGCCCACUCAGCCUUUAUUUACUCCUAUGCCAGCUAUAACGCAGACAUCACCUUCGCCUUUAGAUAGACGUCAUGCCGAUGUUCUCGACAUCCCAGGCCCCCGAGACGAUGCUGUUAAGCAUUACACCGAGUGGCAGCAGCUAAAGGUGACAAAUGAAAUACUCAAGGCCGAUUUUCAAAAAGCCUGCGAUUUGGCGCUGGCAAAUGGUCUUGAUCUUGAACAAGUCUACAAGGAUCAAGAGCCAGACUUCUUCAUCAAACAAGGUGUGAAGAUAGGUAUUGCCCGACGCUUCGUGGACGACAUUGGUGUGUGGGCCACGCGUCAUGAACCCGAUUUUGAUGAGUGAGUGUCGACAGCAGAUCCAUGCCGUAGGCGGUAGGGUGCCGGUGUCAUUUACUGUACUUCUUGAGAAACGAUUUGUUGUUUUUUUGUUUAUACAUACGUGGGAGGAUAGAACCUGACAUAAAGAUCCAAUGGAAACUCAAUCUAUAGUCACAUUUCCUAGCCCUAUUAAACCCUAUUUUAAAAUGUGAUAAAACCUUCCCAGAAGUAUAUAUGACCUAGGACAAGAGUCCCAUUAGUUUCGGCUAUUUAAUAUAUAUAC